AAUUUUUAUAUAAAAAAAUACAAAAUAGUCUUUUUAUUACACAUAUACUCCUAGACUGGGUAACUUUUUCACACUUUAAGUUAUUUUGUUUACGAUUUUACCACUUACACUUACUGUCAAUAGACACUAGACAUGAUUGACACCUACCAAUCCAAUCUUUUCCUCUCUUUUAUUCCUUUUUUUUUCAUUUUCAUUUCAGUUUUAUUUUUUAAAAUUUUUCCAUAACUGAUUUUCUUCCUACCCACAAUCAAAACUCAUUCACCCAAAGAUUGUUCUGCCAUUUUCUUUUCUAAUUUCCCUUAACCGAUUUGCCAUAACCGAAUGUCCUUUAUUUAUUUUUUUUGGUUAAAAGUUAUAUAUAUUCAUGACUAUUAUUCAUUCAUUAUCGUCCCCUUCUCCAUUGCCCAAAAAAAAAUUAAAAAUGGGUGUUAAAUCUGUAGCCAAUAAGUCCAAAGGAAAACACCCAGUUGUAGAAGAUGAUGACUACGACUUUGCUCUGCCUGUAUUAAAACGGGAUCGUGGACCUGCGAAGAAGAAAUAUAAGAUAUUCAGAAAAGAAAAGUUACUAUCAUUUACGACCGCCCUUCUGUUGAGACAUCCGAUGAUAUUGAUGACCUUGAUUCUAAUGAUGCUGAUGCUGAUGCUGAUGAUGAUGAAAAAGGAUUACCAGAAUCAGAGAAUAUUAAAAUUGAGUCUAGGUGAAGAUCGUGGUGAUGGUUAUGUUGAUGAUGAUGUGUUUGAUGAUAAGGUUGGUGCUGAUGCCUUUGCUAUUGGUGUGGUACAAGGUGAUGUUGUUGUAGGUAGUGAAGGUGAUACAUCCAAGGAUGUUGAUAGUGUCAAGGGCAAAGAAUUUGAUAUAAAGGGAGAUGAUUUUUUUCAAGGGCAUAAGCCAGCUUAAGAUUGAUGAUGAUCAAGUUGUUUUGGCUGGUUUGGAGGUUGUUGCAAAAAUCAAGGUAUGUUGCUUUAUUAUAUUUUCAAUUUUUUGCGAUUGUUUUUUAGAGUAGUUGUUUUACAGUUGCAAUAGAGUUUUAUUCUAGUUUUUAACCUAUCAAUUUUUACUUGUUAUUUUUCUUUUCAGUAGGUUCCAGAUUCCUUUCCUGAUGAGGUAGUUGAAAAAUCAGAUGUCAAUGUUUCUAAAGAAGAAGAGGAUGACACUGUUGCUUAUACUCCUCUUGUGGACAAGAGAAAGCGUGCCUCGACAUUGAAAUCUCCUUUUGUUGAUUUUGGGUCGUCUGAUUUGAAGACCACUCCAAUGGAGUUUAUGUCUCCAGGUUCACAAAUAGGAGAUGGGAGGGAUUUUAAGAUUGUUACUGUAACGCCCUGUCCAGCAGGGACGCCACGUGUGUGCACUUUAUUUAAAAUACCAAUAAUUAUAUAAGAUGUAAUUAUACUAAAAGUGUGGAUAAUUAAAUUUUUGAUAGUUAAAACUCAA